ACACAGUUAACAGAAGCCCUUUGACUUCCAGGAUGCCUGUGAAGUGGAUUUCUGCUCUGCUCCUGCUGCAGAUGAGUUGCUGCUUCAGAUCCACCAGCUGUGGGAAGGUGUUAGUGUGGCCACUGGAAUUCAGUCACUGGAUGAAUUUAAAGAUAAUACUGGAUGAACUUGUACAGAGGGGCCAUGAAGUCACUGUUCUGAGACCUUCAGCUUCCAUUUUUGUUGAUCCCAAAUAUUCGCCGGGCCUUAAGUUUGAAACUUUUCCUACAGCUUUCAGUAAAGAUUAUCUGGAAACUUUUUUGACCAAGUUAGUGGAUGAAUGGACUUUUGAGGUCCCAAGAGAUACAUGCUUAUCAUAUUCUCUGCUUCAAACACUGUUUGGUAAAUUAUCUGAUUAUUCUCUAAGUCUUUGUAAGGAAGCUGUUUCAAACAAACAGCUCAUGACAAAAUUCCAGGAAUCCAAGUUUGAUGUCCUUAUUUUAGAUGCCAUGGCUUCCUGUGGGGAGCUCAUAGCUCAACUGCUCCAGAUUCCUUUUCUGUACAGUCUUCGCUUCUCUCCUGGCUACCAAGUUGAAAAGAACAGUGGAGGAUUUGUACUCCCUCCCUCUUAUGUACCUGUGAUUUUGUCAGGAUUAGGUGGCCAAAUGACAUUCACAGAGAGGGUCAAAAAUAUGAUAUGUAUGCUUUAUUUUGACUUUUGGUUCCAGACAUUUACAGAGAAGGAAUGGGAUCAAUUUUACAGUGAAACUUUGGGAAGGCCCACCACCUUAAUUGAGACAAUGGGCAAAGCAGAAAUGUGGUUCAUAAGAUCCUACUGGGAUCUGGAGUUUCCUCACCCAACCUUACCAAAUGUUGAAUAUGUUGGAGGACUCCAUUGCAAACCUGCUAAGCCCUUGCCUAAGGAAAUGGAAGACUUUGUUCAGAGCUCUGGAGUCCAUGGUGUGGUGGUGUUUUCUCUAGGGUCGAUGGUCAGUAACAUGACAGAAGAAAGGGCCAACGCAAUUUCUUGGGCCCUUGCCCAGAUUCCACAAAAGGUUCUUUGGCGAUUUGAUGGCAAAACCCCAGCUUCCUUAGGACCCAAUACCAGAAUCUACAAGUGGCUCCCCCAGAAUGACCUUCUCGGUCAUCCAAAAACCAAAGCCUUUGUAACUCAUGGUGGCGCGAAUGGACUCUAUGAGGCAAUCCAUCAUGGAAUCCCUAUGAUUGGCAUUCCUUUGUUUUCAGAACAACAUGAUAACAUUGCACACAUGGUGGCCAAAGGCACAGCUGUUGCAUUAAAUAUCAGAACAAUGUCAAGGUCAGAUUUGCUCAAUGCACUGGAAGAAGUAAUUAAUAAUCCUUCUUAUAAAGAGAAUGUGAUGUGGUUGUCAACCAUUCACCAUGACCAGCCUAUGAAGCCACUGAACAGGACUAUAUUUUGGAUUGAGUUUGUCAUGCGCCACAAAGGAGCCAAGCACCUGAGACCACUUGCACACAACCUCACCUGGUACCAGUACCACUCUCUGGAUGUGAUUGGAUUCCUACUAGUCUGUGUGGUGGCCACUGCAGUCCUUCCUGUAAAGUGCUGCUUGUUUGUUUAUCAAUUCUUUGUAAAGAAGGCAAAGAAAAGGAAGAAUGAGUAGAGCUCAUUGACAAUGCACUACAUGAAUGAAACUUCAGCAUUGUUCUAAUUUAUAAACUACCUUUUAAGCAUUCAAUGAUGACUUUAUCAAGGCACAUCUUCUUUGUGUGUAUAUAUUUAUAUAUAUAUAUAUAUAUAUAUAUAUAUAUAUAUAUAUAUAUAUAUAUAUAUAUAUAUAUAUAUCUGUGGUUACUGAAAAUUGAUCAGAGAAUUCCAUCAUUUAUUUUAAUAUUUAAACAAUUCAGUAUAAUAUUAUUUGCAUCCAUAGAAAAUAUGGAAAAUGAAUGCAUACUUGACAAAGUCAUAAAAAUCAAAACAUUGCAUAGCACUGUGGUGUUAGGGGUUGGAUACACUGUUUUGACUUUUCUGCUCUUUGUCUGAUGUAAUAUUCGAGUCAACUUCAUUCUGGGAUCCUGUAGGAGCUGCAUCCCUGGAGGUAGGCCUUGGAGUUUGGGGAUGGUAUUAAAGUGCAAGGUUCUAUUGAAGUCCCCAAACAAAGCAUUCGGUACUUAUUUGAAAUAUUGAGAUGGAUGGGUCAGGCUUGCUUCUGGAGACAUUUACCUAGAAAAGUCUGUGCAGGAGCUUUGUGGUAACUGUUAUGCCAGCAGAUGUAGGAGUGAUGCUGAUGGGUUUGGAAAAUGUAAGCAGUAGGCAGUGUAGAAGCUUGGAAUCAGAACACAAAUUCUGUUUAAUUUUAUUUUACAAGUGUUGGUUUGGCCUAUAUGAAUGGCUGUGCACCACCUGUGUCCCUGAUGCUAGGGGUGGCCAGUAGAGUGUAAGCCACUACACGGGAAAACCUGGGUCCUGGCAGUACAAUCCAAGCUUUUAACUCUUAAGUCAUCUAAGCCCUUCAAUUUAUAUUUUAUUUAAUCAAAAUGUACAAUUAAAAAAAACAUUGACUAAGGUCAAUAAGAUUGCUCUCCUCAUGAAACUGUUUACAAUUAACCCCAUGACCUGAAUCCAAUCCUCCAUAUUUGUGUGGUAGAAGGAGAGAACCAAUUCUCCCAAGUUGUCCUAUGUCAUAUGUUGUGGUAUGUGUCCGCAGAACAGAAAUCCAUUGCAUAGGUAUCUUGUUGCAACAUAAAUGCUUCUGCCAAAUUUUGCUGUUGCUUCGUGGUUCAGAUUAAGGACAAAGCAAUCAAGAAGUUAAAGUCUAACCUUUAUGUUUUCUUUUUGAUCACACAUACACCUGGCUUUCCCAGAUUUCUGAUGACCUGGAGGUUGCCAAGGUUCAUUUCCUGUCUCCUUUCUAUUUUAAAGUCAUAACCACUUUGCUUACACUGUCCUUGACUUAGAAAUAUAAAGACGAAAUAAUGGAGAAAUUCUGAUUUUUCAAGCUAAUGUUGUUGGGAUUCAGAAUUUUAUUAAAGGAUCUCUAUUUGUAUUCAAGAAGUAUGUACUCCAGUUUACCUGUUUAAUGUUCAUUGUUUUUAUGUGUCAGGGUAGGUAUGACACCUUUCUGCUCUGAUAUCAAUUUAAUAUUCCUGUAGUAUGUGCUAUUUAUAACGGGUACAGAAAGACCCUUCCCUUAGCUCUCUUUGUUUUAUGGGGAACACUUAAGCCACAAUGGAAGUUGUCUAUCAGCAUUCACAGGUGGAUGCUUGGUCUUGGCUUAACCACUUCCCAAAGCUUUUGAUAAAAUGUGCUUGAAAUAGCGAGUUUUCAUAUGUCAAAGUCCCAAUCUUGUCAUUUUCAAAUCCAGUUGUUGUCUAUAAAUAAAAUGAUACUAUAUUGCCC